CACUGCAACUAAAAAUCCUCAAAAGCUAGAUUCAUGGGAUCACUUUCUGCCUUGGACCAGCCGCUGCAAUAUCCGAUUGCUCGGAGAGACGAGUCUGUUGUCGACGACUAUCACGGCGAAAAGAUUCCCGAUCCUUACCGAUGGUUCGUCGCAGAACCCAGCGCCUGGGUUCAUCGCGAACCCAGGCGCUGGGUUCGCCUCAGAACCCAAGCGCGGGGUUUGCCGCGAACCCAGCUCCUGGAGGUUUUGCUUCAUUCCAAUGUACUUGGUGAAGACGGAACUGUGUCCUGGAACAAAAUGUCUGUCAGCAAGGAUGGCAGGUACCAGGCAUAUGGGCAUAGUUCAAGUGGUAGUGAUUGGGUAACCAUCAAAGUAAAACGCAUUGAGGGUAAGAGUGAGACAUUUGAGCCUGAUACUUUACAAUGGGUCAAGUUUUCCCCUGUUAACUGGACUCAUGAUAGCAAAGGCUUUUUCUAUAGCCGCUAUCCAGCUCCCAAAUGGGGAGAGAACAUAGAUGCUGGGACAGAAACCAAUGCAAACCUCUAUCAUGAGCUUUAUUAUCAUUUCUUGGGUACGGAUCAAUCAGAAGAUAUUUUAUGCUGGAGAGAUUCUGAAAAUCCUAAGUUCAUGUUUGAAGGUUUUGUUACGGAGGACGGGAAGUUAACAAAGUAUAUAUACCACUGCGACAUGUCUGCACUUCCUGAAGGUCUUCAAGGUUUUAGGGGAAAAGAUUUGCUGCUCCCAUUUGUUAAACUGAUAGAUCAAUUUGAUGCACUGUAUAGAGCUAUUGCAAAUGAUGACACAUUAUUUACUUUCCGGACUAGUAAAGGUGCACCAAGAUACAAAUUAGUCCAUGUUGAUCUAAAGGAACCAAAUAAUUGGAUUGACGUUAUCCCAGAGUCUGAAAAAGAUGUCCUUGAAUCAGCAGAUGCUGUUAAUGGUAAUAAGAUGAUUGUGAGGUAUCUAAGCAAUGUGAGGAAUGUGCUUGAGAUAAGGGAUUUAAAAACAGGUUCAUUUCUGCAUCAGUUACCACUUGGCAUUGGGACAGUUCAUCAGAUUACUGCUAAGCGGGAAGAUGAUAAGUUUUUUAUUUAUUUUUCAAGCUUCCUUACUCCUGGUAUUACAUAUGAGUGCAACUUAGGAGCUGCAGGUCCUGAUAUGAAGAUAAUCCAUGAAAUUUCUGUACCUGGAUUUGAUCACACAGAAUUUGAUUUCCAUCAGGUUUUUGUCCCCAGUAAGGAUGGUACCAAAAUCCCAAUGUUCAUUAUGGGCAAAAAGAAUGUUGAUUUGGAUGGAUCACACCCUUGUUUAUUACAUGGAUAUGGUGGAUUUAACUCCAGUAACACAGCAUCAUUCGAUGAAUUUCACAUUUUACUAGCUAGGCAUUUAGGUGCCUUUAUCUGUAUUGCAAACAUUCGUGGUGGGGGAGAAGUAUCUCAUAUCAGCCGGCUAUACCCAGUCAAGCAAGUUGUGUAUUGAAGGUUCGAGCAAUGGUGGGCUUCUAAUUGGAGCUUGCAUAAAUCAGAGACCUGAUCUUUUUGGUUGUGCUUUGGCUCAUGUUGGUGUGAUGGACAUGCUACGUUUUCACAAGUUUACCAUAGGCCAUGCAUGGACGUCUGAUUAUGGUUGUUCGGAAAAUAAAGAAGAAUUCCAUUGCCUAAUCAAGUAUUCACCACUGCAUAAUGUAAGGAGACCAUGGGAACACUCUGAUAAACCAUCACAGCAUCCAUGCACAAUGCUAUUGACUGCUGAUCAU